GCGCGGUUGGCGGAAGUGACGAUACAGGCCGUGAGGUUGUUGCUGCGCAGGUUCGCUGAAAGAAAGAAAGGAAUAACCGGAGACCGACCGAGUGACAUCUAUCAUCAUGAAUCCAGUUUAUAGCCCUGGUUCUUCUGGGGUACCAUAUGCAAAUGCUAAAGGCAUUGGAUAUCCUGCAGGAUUUCCAAUCGGGUAUGCUGCAGCUGCUCCUGCAUAUUCUCCCAAUAUGUAUGCUGGACCAAAUCCUGCCUUCCAACCAGAGGUAGAACAUCCAUCAUAUAUGUCUUCGGGUGUGCAAAUGUUCAUGUUCGGGCACACGUUCUCUGCUGCGAGAAACGGUGCAGUAAAUUCAGGAUACACACCUGGAACGCCAUACAAAGUCUCCUGUUCACCCACCAGUGGGGCUGUGCCACCUUAUUCCUCAUCCCCAAAUCCUUACCAGACUGCAGUUUACCCAGUACGAAGUGCCUAUCCACAACAAAACCCAUAUGCACAGCAAGGAGCAUACUAUGCACAGCCUCUGUAUGCAGCCCCUCCUCAUGUAAUUCAUCACACUACUGUUGUACAACCCAAUGGAAUGCCAGCAACAAUGUAUCCUGCUCAGAUCCCUCAGCCUAGAGGUAAUGGAAUGGCCAUGGGAAUGGUUGCUGGGACCACAAUGGCGAUGUCUGCAGGUACUUUGUUGACAACCCAUUCACCAACUCCGGUACCCCCUCAUCAAGUCACUAUGCCUGCUUAUCGGCCACCGGGAACUCCUACUUAUAGUUAUGUCCCCCCACAAUGGUGAUUAGCCUACCAGUGUUUGAAGAUGGAAGAUAUGCAACAAAGAGAGAGGCUUAAUAGAUGGUGAUGAAGCUUCCAUGCCUCCAGCAAUGAGUUUCUUCCUUUUGAAUGAUCUCAACACUUUGCCUAACACUAAUUCAGGAUCCAAGAAGAUUUCCAUUACUGCAUAUCUUAACAUCUUGUAACUCUAGUGGUUGUCUUAUAACGAAAAUCCUGUUUUGUGGACAGUCUUGCAAUUUUUUUUAGCUAAUUAUAACGAUAAAAAGGGAGUAAGUAUAAAGUUGUUUCAAUCUAUAACUAGUUGAAUGCAUGUUUAAAACACAGAAAUGAAGCUUGCACCGUUUAUUGCAGUGACAUAUGCAAAAAAAACAUCAUAUGCAAAAUCCAAAGGAGCUGAGAAGAGGUUUAAGAAGACCUUGUUUCACUUGUGGAUUGGUAGAUACAUGCAAGGUCAUUUGUUAAUACUAAUCGCCCCAUUGUGUACAUUGAGUGUUGCUCAAACGUAUUUGAAGAUUGCUAUUAGUAUAAUGGGGCCAUGUUUUAAAAGAAAAAAAUAUAUAUGAUCUCCAGAAAAUCCAAUUAGUGUACUUCAAACUUUUCAUGGUUUCUUUAAUUUCUUGGUAUUUUUUUUGUUUUUUGUUAUAUGUUCUUGCAUUAUGUUUAUAUAGGAAUAGCUGACUCCAUAAUUUUUUUUUUUUUUUUAUGGUAUGUGAAUAUAGAGCAUUUUAUUCAGUGUAGAAUGUUUUCAGGACUGCAGCAACCAGUGCUAUAAUAAAAAUGGCACGAAAGAUUGAUACAUAGAUCUAACCACCCACACAGGAACAGCAUUCACUUAUCAGUAUUGGCUUUACAGUAUUCAUAGCUUAGAGAGAAUUGUACUUCCAGCAUUCCAUAAUAAGGUGUUUUGGUUAUUUUUCUCUAUCGGGGAUCGGAUUAAAAGUCUUGAGUCUAUGCACACAAAAUGUGAACAAAAAGUGAAAGCUCACAUCUUUCAGUUGAUACGAUACAGUGACUUCAUUGUAAAAGGUGUGGGUGUCGUGUUUUUUUUUUUGUUUUUUUUUUUUUUUUUAGCUUUAGAUAUUUUAUUUAUCUUUGCUUUUUAUUUUUACAUCUCGUUGCAUAUUUUUUUUCUCCAGACAGUAGUCUUACAAUUUUUACUUUUGUGUUGAAGUCCCAUAAUAAAUAUGGUAACAUUUCCAAAUUCUUAUCUUUUGUAUUAGUUUUUGAGUCAUGAAGGAUUUUGAUACACUACUGUAUUCUUUAUAAAGUGUCAUGUUACAAAGUCCAGUACAUUUAACCUGCAAUAAAUUAUGCAGCAUGUAAUGGGA